ACCUCUUUGGAAAAGGAAGUAGACUGGAGUAUAGACCUAAUGUGGAACCACUAGCAUCUUCUGGACUCAAAAGAGGCUGAUGGAGAAAAGUCUGGUCACCUUCAUUUUCAUUCCAUGGAAGGAUAAAGGAGCGUGCAAUUGAUAGUUCUCUGAAAGUUCUGUACCUUCCAAAGUCACAUGACUAAACUGGAAGCCAUUUUGUGAUAUCAACGGUAGAUGAUGGUCCUGAGGAACAGACACCACCAGUUCUGUCAGAAAAUGAUUCAACACCAACAGUUUCAACAUCAGAAGUAACGAGCUUACAAGAUCCCCAAACUCAUAUGGACCCGUUGCUGAAACUGCUGGCGACCACGGCCUCGAAACCGCCAAUGAUCAAGGCUUCCAAACGCCUGCCAACGCAGCUUCUCUGGGAAACUUACUGGAAGGGAAAGGACUCAAGAGCAAGAGAUGAGUCCAAGCCAGAAUGAACCUCCUCACGAACUUGAGGACCAAUUUAUAUUGCGUCUGCCUCUGGAACAUGCUGCUACUGUCAGGAAGAUAAUACAUUCUGAAAGUGCUACCAUGAAGGAUAAACUAAAACUUGACUUCUCUCCUGAUGGGCACCAUGCAGUUGUUGGGAUAGAAGAUGUUUCACUAGAUGCUCAGCUGGUUGAUCUGCCUCGCAUUAUCAAAAGCCUAAAAAUUCUCAAUAGAAAAACAUUUUAUAAAAUGGCAGAUAUUUCCCAGAUGCUUGUGUGCUCUGCUGAUGGUGAUCUCCACUCUUCUGUGGAAGAGCCCAUUACUUCUACUGAUCCUAAAGUAAUCAGGAAAAAAAGAAAGAAACAGAAAAAUAUGCCUGGAAUCAUGGCACUUGUUGAUUUCAAACAAACUGAAGAAAUCAGCCUCACUGAGUACAAUGAAUGUCCUGAGGAAGUGAAGAAAUUACUGCGUUCAGAUGCUGCAGCUGUCAGUGUCCGAUGGGAAGUCAUUGGUGAAGAUGAAACCAAGGAAGGAGAGAACCAAGCCUCCACCCCAGGCUUUGCAAUCCUCCCAGGAAAAACAACGUGCAAGCAGGGUCAUGUCUCAUCAGGAUUAAAUAGGCUUCAGAAGUUCGGUGAUUUGAGCAGUAACAGUAAUGAGAAGGAUGAAGACGAGUACAAGGAUGAGGACAAAGAUGACAAUGAAGAUGAGGAUGAGGAGGAAGAUGACAAGAUGAGGAAGAGGAGGAAGAUGAUGAAGAUGGAUGAGGAAGAAGGUGACAAUGAAGAUGAGGAGGAAGAUGACAAUGAAGAUGAGGAAGAUGACAAUGAAGAUGAGGAUGAGGAGGAAGAUGAUGAUGAUGAGGAUCUGGAAAAGGAGCUACAGGUCCAGUUCAUUGAAUCUGGCCAGUAUGAGGCAAAGGAAGGAGCUGAUUCAAUAGUCUUGAGAAUACAGCAGCAUAUUCGUUAUGUGGAAAGGAAGCUCCAAGAGAUUCAACAGGAAGCGCAAAGGGAUCUCCUUGCGAAAGUGGAAAACCUGUUGCUCAAGAAUUAUUUACAUUCUGUGGUGGAGCAGCUUAUGUUAGAGGAGGAGAAAAAUGAACAGCUCAUUACCCUUCAGAAACAACUGAAAUGUGUUCUGAAGCGAGGAGAGCCUUCAGACUGGCACACAACCCUUGGGUUUACCAUCUAGACUGAAGACUGGAAGAAAUCAUACAUAUUUCUGUUCCUUUUGUUGCCUUAUGUUGAAUCAUUUGUAUUUGUUUCUCUGAACUUUUUUUUUUGCUAGUUUUACUCAAAGUUUAUAGUAUUGUAGAAAGGGAUAGAACAUAAAAGAGCAGUAGAUGUGAUUGCAAAAGAAUUGAUGUUCUUUAUCAAUUUGAGAAUUACUUGUCUUGCGUUCAUUCUGCUGGUACCAUCAGGCGAUUCAGCCAUGCUUGCUAAAGGCAGACAGUCUAAGCUGAAGGUCAUACAGUGAAUUUGCAUAUGUUUUAGCUUCCGUUCUCCUGCUUCUUUUUAAAUAUUUCCUGGAACAUAGAAUGAACCAAGUUGAUUCUACCAAGGGCUAGGACUUGCCCCAGUGAAUUAAGUGCCUACCUCGCAGAAGUUAAUCCUAGGUGGUGUCUUCUGUCUGCCCAGGUAAUAGGGCCUGCUUUCCUCCUCAGGGAUGAUUUCUUGCCACUGCCAUCUUUGUUCUGUUGUUGUUUGCCAGCUAAGGGAAUAGUUGCAGCAGAGGUGAAAUUCUGAGCUAUUAUCCCUAUUCUGAGCCUCUUCAUUCUAACCCCCAACAGAAAAAAGUUUAGGAAAAAGCAGAUGCCUGCAAAGAUUUCCUUAAAAGCUUUGGAUGGGUUUGUUUUUUUAGCUGUAUUGUUAAGGCUUUCUGGUCUGUAUUCUUUAAGCAGUAAAUAAAUUCCUCAUUUUAAAUGGA